GCUUCGUCAUCCUUCUGCCAGCAUGGACGAAAACCGCGGAAUAUUUCGUGCUGCGUCAUUUCUAGUAAUCGCGAUCGUUCUCUAUGUUUUGCUGACUAUACAGGUCACUCUCACUUCCGGGUUGCCUACAGCCGGACCAGCGACGUUCUGCGGCGAGGGACAAGUCUGGGACGACACGCUAAGAAGCUGUGUCUCCUGCUUUAUCUGUAAGACAUUUCCUGACACGCCACACUGUGGCUUAUGCCCAGAAAGUCCCACUUCGUCCGAUGAUUUGGCGGCUUCUGAAGUAACGCAGCCGCCAUGUACGGAAGGUUCGGUCUGGGACUCCUUCCAGAACGGCUGCGUUUCUUGCGAGGUCUGUGAGACCCACCCGGACACGCCGAUUUGUAAAGCAUGCAGCAGCCAACAGGACUCUCCGCGCUGCCCAGCAGGACUGGCGUGGGAUCCGUUCCUGGAGAACUGUAUGAGCUGCACGAUCUGCGAGACGCACCCGGACAGUUAUAUAUGCCAGGUGUGCCCUACUGUACCGCCCACAGUGCCUACAGGUCCUGCACACCCUCGCAGUGAUGGCCCUGGCCCAGUCGUUAUCAUCGUAGCGGUCGUGCUGCCGUUUUUCUGCGUCUUCGUUCUUGUACUUCUAGCCGCCGCCAUCGUCGCCAAGUGUGUACCAGUCAGAUACAGACGAUGCCCACAUUGCUGCCAGAAAGAACAUAAAGGGGACGAGACGAAUAACGGGAAGAGGAUCGCCCAGCCCACAGGUCAUGACGACAGCGGCCGGUCUUCUCUGGUCUCCAGCCGCAGCGACAGCGACACCUGCGUCAUGGAGCCCCUCAAGCCUCAGGACAACGCCGUGUAAUGCUGUCCUUCUUUCCCAGGAAUGGCUAUGUAGGGUUGCCGGCCGGAGCUUGUAUUGCGUGCGAUCUACGUUUGAUCAGAAAA